UCCAGUAAAAAUAGUACUCUUGUAACUUCGUCAAUGGCCUCUAAGGGAGCUUCUUCAUCUUCCUCUUCCUCCUCUUCUAUCACCUGUCAAUGGACUUACGAUGUGUUCCUGAGCUUUAGAGGCGAAGAUACUCGAAACAAUUUUAUUGCUCAUCUAUACGCAGCUCUGCGUCAAAAGGGAAUCAAUACCUACAUAGAUAAUGACCUCGAAAGAGGAGAGAACAUUUCUCUAGCACUUCUCAAAGCUGUUAGAGAGUCAAGAAUUUCAGUCAUUGUACUCUCUCAAAACUAUGCAUCUUCCUCGUGGUGCUUGGAUGAACUUGCGACGAUCCUUGAGUGUAAGGAAAGAAAUGGACAAAUUGUUCUACCAGUGUUUUACAACGUAGAUCCAUCGGAAGUACGACAUCAAAUAAAUAGUUUUGGAAAAGCAUUUGCCAAACAUGAAAAAAGAUUCAAAGAUGAUCAAAUGAAAGUGCAGAGGUGGAAGACAACCCUGACACAAGUGGCUAAUUUGUCCGGGUGGAAUUUAAAGAAUUACAGGGACAUCCUAAGCUUCGUGUAUUUCAGUGUAUAUGUCCGGGAAAUAGGAUUCCAAAUUGCUUCAGCUAUUGUAAAGAGGUUUCAAAUACUAAUCGGUGUGAAAUAGAUACCGGGCCUCUAUAUUUGGAUUCAGAGAAAAAAACAUUUGCUUUCUUUGCUGUUAUUGGACCGACAUAUGAUGGACAAGAUGAAGGUCUUUUUCAUGUUCAUGUUCAAGUCAUCAAUAAUGGUCAAUCAAUCCAUUCUGAUAUCUCUAUGCUGACAUAUGAGUCAGCCAGGUCAGAUCGUGUAUGGUUAUAUUACGGAGAUUCAUACUACUCUCAGCUAAAGACGGAUGAUCUUCGAGUUAUAUUUGAAUUCAGGAAUGAUUCAGCAUCACUGUUCUUUAAAAGUUGUGGAUUUCAUAUAAAACAAAGAUAUGAAGGGACUUGAAAUGAUGAUGAUGAUGGCAACUUGGAAUCCAAUUGGUGCCAACAACAAAAGAGGCAUUCUUCGCUCCAGAAAAUUUGAUAGCUGCUGAGAUCUAAGACAUGAAAUGCUUCUCAGCACCCUUGUGGUGGACUCUACCAACAUGGCAAACUCGUCCUUCAUUGUGUCAAUCCCAUCAUUACAAGCACCAGCUUGUGUACUCUGACUUUUGCCAAGGAAUUUCAAAUGCAGAGGAUAUGCCUCUUGGUGAAUCCCAAUUACAUCAAUCAAAUCACCCCAAAACUUGGGUUAUAAUAAUGUAAGUGUUUCACAUAUUACAAGUCAA